AUGGUCGCUCCCUGUAGCCGGAAGGUCGCCUUCGUGACGGGGGCAAAUGGUAUCAGUGGAUUCAACAUAAUCGAACAUCUCGUACGCCAACCGAAAGAAGAAUGGAGCAAGAUUGUUGUGACCUCUAGACGGCCCCUUCCCAACGCAUGGAUUGACCCUCGGGUCAGAUUCGUGGCCGUUGACUUCCUCGACUCUGUGGACCAGAUUAAUGCCGCGUUGAAGGAUGUUUGCAAUGAUGUCACACAUGCAUUUUUCACGUCGUACGUUCACAGUGAUGAUUUCCUCCUUUUGCGGGAGAAGAAUGUCCCCCUAUUUCGCAAUUUUCUAGACUCGGUCGACACCGUGUGCCCCAAACUUCGCCGCGUGUGUCUUCAGACUGGCGGCAAACAUUAUGGUGUUCACCUAGGUCCGGUCAAGGUACCACUCGAAGAAUCUUUUCCUCGCUAUGAUGACAAGGGAUUCAACUUCUACUACAACCAGGAGGAUUAUCUGCGAGAAGUGCAGGCACGCCGAAACACCUGGACUUGGAAUGUGAUUCGGCCAAAUGCGAUAAACGGGUUCGCCCCUCACGCGAACGGCAUGUCGGAAGUCCUGACCAUUGCCAUAUAUAUGUUGAUUUGCCGUGAAAUGGGAGAACCCGCCCACUUCCCUGGAAACGAGUACUUCUGGAAUUCCAUCGACGAUAACUGCUACGCACCCAGUCUCGCAGAUCUUUCUGUCUGGGCUGCUUCGCAAGAACACUGCCAGGACGAAGCAUUCAACCACGUGAACGGGGAUGUCUUUGUGUGGAGAUACAUUUGGCAAGACUUUGCGGCAUACUUCGGUCUUGACGUGCCGGAGCCGAAUUUUCAAAAAGCAGCUGGUCAGGCUGACACCCUGGCCAAUGAGAUCAACAUGGUCGAGUGGGUCAAGGACAAACGUGAGAUCUGGGAGCAGGUCGUUGCCAAAUACGGUGGCAAGAUCGAUGCCUUUGAUUGGGGCACCUGGGGGUUUUUCAAUUGGGCUACCGGAAAGUCUUGGUUGACAAUCUCCUCGGUGAACAAAGCCCGCGAGUUUGGCUGGACCCGUAACGAUAACACGUUACAAACCUGGAUUGAUACCUACCGAUCAUUCGAAAAUGCCGGUGUUAUGCCUUCACUUGCUCUUGUGAACAGUCAGUAG